CAUACAUUAUAAUGUAUAAUGUAAAAUAGGAAAAUGUCAAUGCGUUGGUUAAAGAAUUUCUUGCUCGUUAUAGUAUUUCUUGCGGCAGUUCGUUACUGGUUGAAUACAAAAUCAUAUAUUUUUGAGGAGAAAAGCAUUGUCAAAUUAGUACAAAGAUACGGGGGAGACAAUUUACAGGCAUCGAUUGCAAGAAUAACCGAUGAGCUUGAACGUGGCUAUCCAAAUUUAGUUUUACCAAAAGAACGUCUUCAAUGGGUGAUGUUAAAGUUUUCUGGAAUGACAAUAUCCCUCACUGUCCUAUAUGCAUCCUUAACUGAGUAUGUUGUGAUUGCUGGAUCAGCAUUGGAUACAGAUGGAUAUCUUGGACGACAUUGGUCGAACAUGACCCAUAUAGUUCUCUCAGGAUCAAUAAAAUAUUGGAGAGAAGGAACUUCUGAAGCAAAGGUGUAUCACAAAGGAGAGAGUUUUACAACAAGAUAUUGGAACACUGGUGGUAUGCAAUUGAAAGCUAACACAUGGAUGAUUGAGUACGGCAGAGGAUUUUUGCCUUUGAGUAUCCCUUCAACAAUAUUUGAUGGGAUAUUCACCUCAUUUGACCUAAUCGGUACAUUUAAAAUGAUGAGAGUUUUUGGUAUGGCAUAUUUCUAUGGAAUAAAAAAUGAAAUAGCUUCAUUUAUAAAAAGUAUAUAAACUAUAAUAGAAGACAACCUUUCAGUGAAGGAUAUUAAUUUUUCUAAGAUUUAUUCGAAGCACUUUCAAAAAUAUACAAUAUUCAAUUGCCAA